CUGGUCUGAUAGCAGCAGCCAUGCAGUGGCUUUUUUCCUCCAUCACUUCCUCCCCUCGGAAUUCAAGGAAAUGGAGUUCCUCUGAAAGUUAGAGGGAAACCAGAAGAAAAAAAGGGUGAGAAACUCGAUUUGGAAGUGGAUUUCCGGGGAACUGGAGUAAAGAGUAAGGAGAUCAUGGGGAGGGGGAAGAUUGAGAUCAAGAGAAUUGAGAAAACUACAAACCGCCAAGUGACCUUCUGCAAGAGGAGGAAUGGUUUGCUGAAGAAAGCCUAUGAAUUGUCGGUUCUUUGUGAUGUGGAGGUCGCCCUCAUUAUCUUCUCAAGUCGAGGCCGCCUUUAUGAGUACUCCAAUAACAGCAUCAAAUCAACUAUUGAGAGAUACAAGAAGGCAAGUGCUGAUAGUUCAAAUUCAGGUUCUAUUAUAGAAGUUAAUUCUCAACAAUAUUAUCAGCAAGAAUCAGCAAAAUUGCGCCGCCAGAUUCAGAUAUUACAAAAUGCAAAUCGGCACUUGAUGGGUGAUGCUCUGAGUUCUUUGAGUGUGAAGGAACUUAGGCAACUUGAAAACCGACUUGAAAGAGGCAUCACAAGGAUCAGAUCAAAGAAGCAUGAGUUGUUGUUUGCAGAGAUUGAGAACAUGCAGAGAAGGGAAGUGGAGCUUCAAAAUGAUAAUAUGUACCUCAGAGCCAAGAUUGCAGAGAAUGAGCAUGCAACACAGCAAGUAAGCAUGGUACAAGCAGGACCUGAGUUUGAUGCUCUUCCAGCAUUUGAUUCUAGGAACUACUAUCAUGUCAAUAUGUUGGAGGCUGCAACCCACUACUUGCACCAACAAGAUCAAACAGCUCUUCAUCUUGGGUAUGAAGCAAAAGCUGAUCCUGCUGCUUAGAGAAUUAAUCCAAAUGUGUUAGUUUCCUGGCUGACGGUGUGUGUUUUGAUCAUGUGAUCUUCACAUAAGACUACCUAAGGGGGUGUAUCUGAAUAGUCUUUUGGUAAACUGUCUUUUGCUAAAAUCUUGUUGUGUCGUUGCUGAAAUCUUGUUGCAUCUUCAUGGGCUUUUACUUUGAUCAUAUAGUUGAUUGUAAAUGACCAUUAUUAACUAUACUAAAUGGUUUUCUUCUU